UGACGUCACUCCGCGCCAGACUCCGCUGGGGAAGGUGUCGCGCGGUGGCGGCGGCGCCAUGGAGCCGCGGGCGGGUGUCUCCAAACAGGACAUUCGAGAACAAAUUUGGGACUACAUGGAAUCCCAAAAUAUAGCUGACUUUCCCCGACCUGUCCAUCACAGGAUUCCCAACUUUAAGGGCUCUUAUCGGGCUUGCCAAAACAUCAGAGACCUAGAAGUUUUUGCCAGAGCACGGGAAGUUAAAGUGGACCCUGACAAACCUCUGGAAGGCGUUCGGUUGCUGGCACUGCAGAGUAAAAAAACGUUGUUGGUUCCAACACCACGACUGAGAACGGGGUUGUUUAAUAAGAUCACACCACCCCCCGGGGCAACUAAAGACACCUUGAGAAAAUGCGCCACCUCUCAGGGGGUGAGGAGCUACAGCACACCCGUAGGCCUGGAUUCCAGAGUCCUCGUGGAUUUAGUCGUGGUGGGAUCCGUCGCUGUUUCUGAAAAAGGCUGGAGAAUCGGGAAAGGAGAAGGUUACGCCGACCUGGAAUACGCCAUGAUGGUGACCAUGGGAGCUGUCAGCGAGGAGACGCCAGUGGUCACCAUCGUCCACGACUGCCAGGUCGUGGACAUCCCUGAAGCACUCCUUGAGGGUCACGACAUCACGGUCGACUACGUCCUCACGCCAACCAGAGUCAUCGCCACGGGCUGUCAGCGCCCGAAGCCAACGGGGAUCACCUGGUCCAAGAUCAGCUGUGAGAUGAUGGAGAAAAUCCCAAUACUGAGGAGGCUCCGCGAGCGAGAGAGGCAGGCUGGAAAGGAUGUCACCCUUCAGGAUGAGCUCUGGCACCCCAGCAGCCUCCAGAAAGUUCCUCCAAGCACCGUCACAAGGCCCCAGCACGAGCCUGGGCUAGAAGACGAUUCCGUGGGAGCAGCCCCUGGUUCCCUGGAGGGGGAAGGUCCCCCACGUGCAGCCGAUAUCUACGUUGGGAACCUCCCCCGGGAUGCUCACGUGAGUGACCUGAAGAGGGCGCUCCGAGAACUCGGCGCAGCCCCCCUGCGGCUCACCUGGCAGGGGCCCCGGCGCAGGGCCUUCCUCCAUUACGGGGACCCCGCCUCCGCUCAGCGGGCCCUCUCCUGCCUGCAGGGCCUGCGCCUGGGCACCGACACCUUGAGGGUGGCACUGGCCAGGCAGCAAAGGGACAAGUGACCUGGUGGAUGGCUGGAGGUGCACAGACACACCCUCACCAUCGCCCCCCAUGUGACGUGGGACGAGAGGCUUACGUGGCAGGAUGUGGCAGGACUGCUGCUGUGUGAGCUGCUCAGUCUCAGUUCUUCCCAGGAAGUCACGGCACAGUCGCCGGUGAGCAGGGGCAGCUGGCCGGUGUGUGCGGUGACACGCAGGAGCUGCAGACGCGGUUUAGUCACGUUCCAGUUUGUCCCGGUCCGUGAGCCUGUGUGCUUCUCUGGAGGGACAGAGGGCUCGAGGGGCUGAGUGAGCAGGUGGCGGUAGAUGGGUGACGGGAAUGUUAUGGUCUGAGACGUCAGAAAUGACCACGUAAAGACCAAAUUGAGCCAAAUCAGAAGUCUUUAUUAGCCUUUGGUGGCGGCAGAGAGAGCAGCCGCUGGCCAGCUAAUAAAGACUCCUGAUUUGGCUCAAUUCCGUCUUUAGGUGGUCAUUUCUCGCAUCUCAGACCAUAACGUUUGGAGGCCCCAGCGAGAUCUCUGGGCUGUACCUGAAACGAAGCCUUUCUCAGGGGGAGGAUUAAUUGGUCCAGGAUGAGCGGCCUUUACAAGGUCUCAGGUCUGCCGGACACCAGACUGUAAGGCCUGCAAUGAGCUAAGAAGGGAAUGGUUAUUUAACUCUGGUACCUGGUCCCCCCCCCAGCUUGGGGAUAAGCAGGGACGGUCGGCCGAACAUGAUUUCAUAUGGGGUUAAGCCCUUAACAUAAGGAGUGCCUCUAGCCCUUAGCAGAGCAAAGGGGAGGAGACCUACCCAGUCUGCGCCAGUCUCUAGCUUUAAUUUGUUUAAUGUUUUUUAAAGUCUUAUUUAUCUUUUUUAUCUGUCCUGAACUCCGAGGCCUAUAAGUAUAGUGUAAUUUUUAAUUAAUCUUUAAUGUCUUAGUUAAUAAUUGAGUCGUUUGGGUGAUGAAUGCCGGGCCAUUGUCAGACCCCAGUGCAAGUGGGAGGCCAAAUGGGGGAACAGUCUCAGUAACUAGUUUUUUAUAGCUACUUGUGCUGUCUCUAACUUUGGAGGAAAAGCUUCUGCCCAUCCAGAGAAAGUGUCAAUGAAUAUAAGCAAUUAUUGGUAUCUGUACUUGCCUGGAUUUACUCGAGCACAGACAUGGCACCUUGCUGCAGCUUGCCGGGCUUGGCAGUGUAGCCAGGGAAUAUCCAACCUCCUGAAUCAGGUCUAGUCUUUAGGGCUUUUCCUAUUUUAACUUCUUCUUCUGUGUAGUUUGGAGAGUUUGGCAGGAGCUGUUUUGGCAGAGCAGGGAGAGUCAGGAGAGGCCCCACUGGUUUUUGUGAGACUUACCUUGCUGUCGCGUCAGUGAAAGCAUCACCUCGCAUCACUGGGGAGUCAGUCCUCGUUCUUGGUAAAAUGCCCCCUGUACAUGUGUCGUGGUAAAGGCUCUCUCCUGCCUUAGGGCCUGGGUCAGGGCUAUGAGUUCAGCCUUUUGGGCUGAGGUUUUAUGUCCACGAGCCUGUGCCCAGGUAACCCAGUCAGCAGUCACCACAGCCACCCCUGCACACCUGACUCCCUCUGAGAUGUGGCAGGAUUGAGGGAGGCUGUUUUCAGGAAGCAAAUCCUGGGGGUGUCUAGCAACAGUAUCCUGAUUUGGUUUUUUAGGCCCCUUGCCUCUCUUAGUUUUAUAUUUUUUCUGUUCUAUCAUAGCAGAUAUGAGAAUUUUGUCCAUCCUCUUAGACUGUGCAGUCCUAGGGUCCUCUCUCUUGUAGAUCUUCUGGGCAAUUUUUAUUAACUCAGACAGCAUUUUACCCUCAAAUCUCUCUAAUCUCUGCAGCUUUCCCCUAAUAUCUGGGGCCGACUGGGUAGCAGAUGCAAUGUUAAGGCCCGUCUAUUUUCUGGUGCCUCUGGGUCUAUGGAAGUAUACAGGCGGGAAGCUUUAAAAAGGUGUUUUAGGAACACUGCUGGGGACUUGUUAGGUCCCUGUAUCGUUUCGCUUACCUUAGACAAAUUAGUAGGCCUUCUAGCCACAGCCCGUAUGCCUCCUGGCAGAGUCAGGCAAUACGGUUCGAGAGCCUCCUUACCUUGUUCUUCACUUGGGUCCCAGUCUGGUCGCGCAGAAGGGAAACCAAUCUCUACUCGGACUGGGUCAGUCGUGGGUUGUCCAUCCGGGCCAGGAAUGGUUUUGACCGCCUCCCUCCUCAUCCGCUCACGCUCUUCAGAAGGGAAGAGGGUUUGGAGGGGCUGCUGGCAGUCCUCCCAGGUUGCCUGGUGAGUAUAAAAGACAGUCUUUAGGAGAGAAAUUAGUCCCUGAGGCUUCUCAGAAAAAGAGGAGUUGUGGUUUUUUUCAGUUAAGUCACUAGUUGAGAAGGGGACAUAAACCAUGAGCGGAGGGCGGUCAGGUCCCGGUAACUGGGACGCUGCCCUCCUGGGGCCAUCCAACACCAAACAUGGGCCACGCUCGUUAUAAAAUUUCUGUAAGUCAAAGGUGUUAACUGCAAAGCCGUAGGGCCCGGCCUGACGCUGAAAGUCCUGGAAACUUUUCAAGAAGCAUUCAAGAGAGCAAGUAACAUAGGACUGAGAUCGGUCCAUGAUGAAAAGCCUAAAUAUCACAAAAUUCAGGCAACAGUCAGAAUGGGGAGCAACACUGCAACUAGCAAAGGAAACCUACUGCAGUCCAGUAUGCACCCACUAACAACAGCCUUCUCCCAGGCCCCCAAUCCUCUGGGGCCACUGUGUAAAGUCCAGUAUCCAGUAAUAGGGUCAACCCGAACAGGCCAACGGCAGUGUAAGAAGCUGACUCAGUCAUUUGGUUUAGGGGGACCCUAGUAGUCUGUCUCAAAAACAAUUUUUAUACACAGUCUACAUUUAUUAAACGCCUAUGCCAGCGACGAAACACAGAGACACAGACUUGUUUUACAGGGUAGGGUUUCUCAAGCUCCGUGGCCUUUCGGCCGUGGAGCUGUGACACUCAUUCACACCAUACGUGGACAUAAAGGAGAGAGGACAGGACAAAACAAUUGGCCAAUGAUGACAGCACGCAGAAAUUGGACUCCCUACUGUCGCUGCUGCCCCGAUGGACCCAAGAUGGUGGUGGCGGCAUAGGCCGUCUACCCCCUCUUGAUUUUGAUAAUAAGGGCCUCGGACCCGCCGACACCAAGGGGAGUCAGGGAGCUCCCAGUUUGGCGCCUUGUUGAUUUCACAGUGGACUCUUUAAAUCUCAUUCAAAACGAAAACCAGAAAUUUCAGCUGCCUGAAAAGAUCUGAAGACCACGCACAGAGAAAGGCACAGACAGAUAGAGAGUGAGCGGGGAGAGGGAGACGGGCGGAGAGAGCAAGCAGCGAGCGGCUUGGGGGAGGCCCAGUUCUACCACCCCAGGCGGCCUCAGGAAAAAGAUAGGAAACUGACAAUCACGGAGCCCCAUGAUAAGCGCGCACCGUUCUUUAAAGGUCGAAACUAUAACCUAGGACCCAGAUGACAGUUGAAACUGAAAUGGAAUCGAAGCCGAGAGAAAUGAAAGUAGAAGAAGAGUAAUCCAAAAGAAAAUACUCAGGACUCUGACCAGGCCUCGCAAGUCCUAGGUGACGUCUCACAUCCCAGGACUCGCCCGAGGAAAAGGGGAAACAGAACCAGAUCAUGACAGUAAGUUGCAGGUGACGUCUCACCUCUUGAAACCUGCCUGAGGAGUGAGGCUGCGUCCAGCCAAUCUCCUGAGGCGCCAGACAACUCCGGAGCCAGAAACAGACCAGAAAGGAACCCACCGAUGGUUCUAAUCAUCAGGGAAAUGCAAAUCAAAACCACAAUGAGAUACCACUUAACUCCGGUGAGAAUGGCCUUUAUCAAAA